AAUAAUACUGUGACUUUAAGAGAGAAUGUCGAUCAACUGGCUCCACAUUGGCGGGUGCAAAUGCAGCCGUGAACCAAUAGAAUUGAAGACUGUACAAAGCAAUCUCGUCCCUGCCCCCACACAGCUUCAUCUCACUAACACAAGAAAGCACUGAGCUGCGGCACUGACAGAAAGGAAUCAGCUCGUAAUUUUUAAUAUUCAAACGGAUAUAAAUUUGUUGUUUUGCUCAGAUGGCUUGAGCUGUUCAUUUUGGAAAUAUCCCCGUUUGCAUGGAUAGACCAAUUGUCGUGAUGCUGAUGAGGAUGUUUGCCUUAUAACGGAGCAAGGAUGACAAAGACAAUAGGAUGCCGAGACUGGCGAUGGCGGGCUCUUUUGUGGCAUUUUCUCUUGUGGACGACAGUGGGUGCUGCUCAGACUCGUUACAGCAUUCCAGAGGAGCUCAAGAAAGGUUCGGUGGUAGGAAAUUUGGCAAAAGAUCUGUCUUUGGAGCUUUCUGAGAUAUUUGAGCGCAAACUGCGUGUCGCCUCUGAGGCUGGUAAGCAGUAUUUCAGCGUGGAUGCGGGGAAGGGCGAGCUGCUGGUCAGCGACAGGAUAGACAGAGAGGCUUUAUGCGGACAAAGCGCCACCUGCUUGCUUCCUCUGCAGGUCGUUCUAGAAAAUCCCUUACAAUUGCAUCGAAUUGAAGUGGAAAUAAGAGACAUUAACGACAAUUCACCUCUGUUUCACACGAAUGAGUUCUCAUUCAAAAUAGCGGAAUUAGCCUUAGUGGGUACUCGUUUCCCGCUGGAAAGUGCGGAGGAUUUAGAUGUUGGAAGUAAUUCAGUAAAAACAUAUACUUUGGCAAAAAACGACUGUUUCACAUUAAAAAUUAAGGAGGUAGAGGAUGGUAGAUUAGUUCCUGAGUUAAUGUUACAAAAACCACUGGACAGAGAAAGGAAAUCUUCUCAUCAGCUCCUACUGACUGCUUUAGACGGAGGGUAUCCAGUUAUGUCUGGUACUACACAAAUAACUGUUAUAGUGCUUGACAAUAACGACAACUUCCCCGUUUUUGACAAAAAUGUAUAUAAAGCGUCCUUACAAGAGAACGUGGCAAAAGAUGCGUUUGUACUCAAAAUUACAGCGACUGAUGCAGACGAGGGACAAAACGGAGAGGUAGAAUAUUUUUUUAGUACUCGCACACCCGAUUCUGUGUUGUCUGUGUUUAAAUUAAAUUUGCAAACGGGUGAAAUGUUUUUAAAAGGAGAUUUAGAUUAUGAAAAAGCUUCAUCCUACAAAAUUGAAGUGACUGCGAAAGACAAAGGAAUCCCUGAAAUGGAGAGUCACUGUCGUGUGCAGAUUGAUGUUAUUGAUAUUAAUGAUAAUGCUCCAGAAAUUAUCCUCACAUCGGAACCGCAGCCGAUUCGGGAGGAUGCACCAAGCGGAUCUGUUGUGGCUCUGCUGACAUCACGUGAUGUAGACUCUGGUAAUAAUAGCAAAGUAACGCUGCAGAUACCAGAAGGGUCCCCUUUUAUUCUAAAACCGUCUUUUUCUAAUAAUUAUGCGCUGGUGACUAGUGGCGCUUUAGACCGAGAGAGUGUGUCUGUGUACAAAAUAGAAAUUACAGCCACUGAUGCAGGUUCUCCUCCUCUCUCGAGUAAGAAAAUGAUCGCUGUCAGCAUUACUGACGUUAAUGACAACCCUCCUCAAUUCUCGCAGAACUCGUAUAAUGUUUAUUUAAAGGAGAACGGAGUAGCAGGCUCUAUAUUGUACUCGGUGUCCGCAAGUGACCCGGAUGCUGGUGAAAACGCCAAAGUGUCUUACUCUAUUGUGGACUCUAAAGUGCAUGACGUGUCCGUGUCAUCGUACGUCUACGUGAACUCCGAGAACGGCAGCAUCUACAGCAUGCAUUCGUUCGACUACGAGAAAGUCAAAGUGUUUCAAGUUGUGGUUGAGGCAAAGGACCAGGGCUCGCCUUCGCUCAGCAGUAGCGCCACCGUCCAUGUUUUCAUCCUGGACCAGAACGACAACGCCCCCACCGUCAUAUACCCCUCCCCUCACGCCGCCUCCCACCUGAGGGUGCCCCGCUCGGCCAAGUCGGGCCACCUGCUCACCAAGUUGACGGCCGUGGACGCCGACUCGGGCCACAACGCGUGGGUCUCGUACAAAGUGGCGGAGGCCACGGACACCUCUCUGUUCAUGCUCAAUUUGUACACGGGGGAGGUGAGGACUAAGCGCGCCGUGUCCGAGCAUGAUGACUCUUCUCAGAGGCUGAUCAUAGAGGUCAAGGACGACGGGGAACCGGCCCAGUCGGCCACCGUCACGCUGUCCAUCCUGCUGGAGGACGGCGUGAGUGAGCCCGUCUCGGAGCUGAGACAUAAGGCGCCCGAUCCCGGCAAGAAAGGCGGCACAAUCACGCUUUAUCUGAUUGUGUCUCUGGCCUCGGUGUCCAUGCUGUCUCUGCUUACUUUGCUCGUCUUGGCUGUCAAAUGCAUGCGGAGCAGCGCGAGCGGCGCUGCUUGCUGCGUGAGGCGGACAAACUCCGACGAGCACAAGAAGCCCAACAGAAAUCUGCAAAUUCAGCUCAACACCGAUGGACCUAUCAAGUACGUGGAGGUUCUGGGAGGUGACGUCAUGUCCCAGAGUCACUCCUUCAGGUCGUGCAUGUCUCCCAUGUCGGAGUACAGUGAUUUUACUUUGGUCAAGCCCAGCAGCACCACUGACUUUAAGGAGGUCAUCAGUGUCCUCGAUGCUUCUUUGCCUGACAGCACCUGGACCUUUGAGAGCCAGCAGGUGAGCGCUGCUUUUGUUUAA